AUGGCAGUCCUGAGGGUACUCUCUAGCAACGCUGGCAGGUCUCUGCUGAACACAGAGGGUGCAGUAAGAAUUUCAAAAGCAAACAUGUCCUUUGCUAAUCUGUCCAGAGGGAGAAGGGCUGCUCUUUCUGUCCUGGGUGUGUUUACUGCAGGAGGAGCUGGAUUGGCUAUUGUGCUUCACCAGGCUGUCAAAGCCUCCGACCUGGAGCUGCACCCGCCUUCAUACCCCUGGAGUCAUAAUGGUAUUCUAUCUUCUCUGGACCAUGCCAGUAUCCGGCGUGGCUAUCAGGUGUAUAAGCAGGUGUGUUCGGCCUGUCACAGCAUGGAGUACCUGGCCUUCCGUAACCUGGUGGGUGUGUCGCACACUGAGGCAGAGGUCAAAGCACUGGCUGAGGAGAUUGAGGUAGUAGAUGGCCCUGAUGAAACUGGUGAGAUGUUCACUCGCCCCGGCAAGCUGUCUGAUUAUUUUCCCAAACCGUAUCCGAACCCGGAGGCAGCACGUGUGGCCAAUAACGGAGCUCUGCCUCCCGACCUCAGCUACAUCGUUAACGCCAGGCAUGGUGGAGAAGACUAUGUAUUCUCUCUGUUGACUGGUUACUGUGAUCCUCCAGCUGGUGUUUCUGUGAGGGAGGGGCUCUACUAUAACCCUUAUUUCCCAGGCCAGGCCAUUGGCAUGGCCCCUCCCAUUUAUAAUGAAGUGCUGGAAUAUGAGGAUGGCACGCCAGCGACCAUGAGUCAGGUGGCUAAAGAUGUGUGUACCUUCCUGCGCUGGGCGGCUGAACCUGAGCAUGAUCAGAGGAAACGCAUGGGCUUAAAGCUGCUAAUGGGCUCAGCAGUGCUUAUCCCAUUAGUGUACUACAUGAAGAGGCACAGGUGGUCAGUACUCAAGAGCAGAAAGAUCGCUUACAGGCCACCCAGAUAA